AUGAUCCGCCAGGGGCUGUUGCUGCUCCUGCUGGUCCUGGGUGGAGGUGAGUGAAAGGGCGAGGCAGAGGAAGGAAAGAAGCUCUGGUGGGGAGCCCUCCCGGAUCAGGCCAAAGUCAUCCACCUAGUCCAGAAUCCUGUUCUCACGGUGGCCAAAUCCCCCUCAGAACCUAGGAAGCUAGAUAGACUUCCUCUGGCCCUGGAGGUUCCAUAAUGCGACCCCGUCAGUGAUGGGUGGGGUAUAAAUAAUAAAAAGAUGGUGUUACGGAAAUGACAUGGGGGCGGCCACAUCUUUAAAAUUCAUAGAAAAUCCAUACUUUAACCGACACUCCUCAUUCCAACGCCAUUUUGACCCUUAAAGAAAGGUGGGUUUGGGCUCCACGUCCCUCCAUGAACAGGGCACCCCGCCUUAAUUCCCCAAAUGUGAGAGCACAGACAUGGCCCCCCACCCAGGGAGUGACCAGGGGGGUGUUAACGGAGAAAUCUGAGGACUCCCUUGGCCAAAAACAAGGAUACCAGCCAGGAAUCCCAGAGCAAAACAGCAGCCAGUCGGCUUGGUCUUGAUUGAAGUCUGUCGUGACAGGACUCCCACCUGCCACCAGGUGGAACAAGAUGUAAGCCCCAAACAAAAGAAGACCCCAACUUUUAUUAGUUAAUCCCCAUGUUACACCCCCCCAAACUACAUCACUCGUACAUCACUGUUACAUCAUGAAAGGGGAGGUCUGGUGGCAGGAAUCCUGGACCCUGCCCCAUGGUUCCCCUUGUCCUCCACCAAACACCCAUCAAGUGAAGCAAAAGAUAUAUUUACAUUUCCCUGUUUCCCAGCCAAUUAAUCACACCCUUUUUUCUUCAUCUGGGUUUGGUAUUUCUGGAAUGGCUACCUGUCUGGCUCUCAGGUAUCAGGAGGCCAGGAAUUAUCACUCAGGCAGAGGGGCUGCUGAGGAGCUGAGCUCACAGGUCUAUAGGAAUUUCUGAAGUUUUCCCAGUGAGCCAGUAUAUAGAUACAUUUAUCACUGAAUUCUUACAUUUGGUAUCGUGCAGCAGAGGCCCUUUGAAUAGACAGGAAGAAACUGUGAUGAAGUGUUUUGUGGGGACAAGUCAUAAAAGUCACAAAAGGGAUUGUGCUGGUUUUGGUAGUGGGCUGCAGGUGCCUGAUAUCUGCUGGAGGGGCAACCCCCACCCCCCCAAUCUAUACAUAAAUUCGUGCAACAGGGGCAACCACAGACAUCUGCAGAGGCAGUUGAGCAAGUCAGGUGUUCUGAAAGCCCAUCUCCAGACAAGCCCUGAGGGCAAGGAGAUGUCAAGAGUUUUAUUUUUCUUCCAGUGAUGGAUACUUAAGGGGUGUUGGGAAAGGUGUCUGAUAAAGUGAACUCAUGUUGAACUUGCGUCACCCUUCUAGACCCCUCCCCAUUUGUGACAUGCUAGUGAUGUACUGAUGAUGUAUCCACGAUGCCCCUCAAAGUGUAUUCUGGGGGAAAGAGGGAAGUUUUAAAAGAGGACGUCACCCCAUGCUCAGGGUUCUUAUUCCUGGGGGGACCUGUUGCGCAGCAAUAAGGACCAUGGUCUACUGACCGCUCUUUUGCUCCAAAUUACUUGGCUGGAACUUCCUUCUUUCACUGGCCACAUGGACCCGAGACAAGCUGGGCUAUUGAGUGGUCUCUCACCCCAGAAUUUUUUCCAUAACAAGCCAAACUAUGAGGGAGAUAACCAGGCAGAGAGGGGCAAACAGCCAAGCUAUGUUGAAUUGGGAGAAUUAAGGGAGGGGGAGAGCAGUUAGGGAACACUUCAAUAGACAGUGUGGAAGCUUCUGUCCCCCGGGACGUGACAACGUUUGGGCCGGUUCUGUUGGGGAGGGGGAAAGGAGGAGGAGCCCGAGGGAGAAACUCCAUCAUGCAGUAAAGGCUGCAAUUCUUUGUCUGUUCUCGAAGCGACUGAAUAAAGCAUACCGCAUUUUUCCGUGUAUAAGACGAGCUUUUUUGACCCCAAAAUGAGGUUUAAAAUUUAGGCUCGUCUUAUACACGGGUAGUGCUGAGGGGGGACGUGCGAAUGUUUUUUGGGUGCGAGCCUGAGAUUGUAAGCGGUGAUUGGCUCCUUCUAAUCAUGUGAUUCAAAAACCCUUGCGCACCCUAGUUAUCUUAUACCAGAGGUACACAUGGCAUCCAUAGAGCAAAUCAGCCCCUUCCAAGCCUGAGUUUUAAGUGGCGAUUGGCCGCUUGGUUGUUUGGGGGAAUGCUGAAAAUUGGUGGAAACCGCAGGAGGAGAGAGCGGAUCUUGCGUUCGAAUCCUGCUUGCGGGUUUCCCUUUGGGGCAUCUGCUUGGCCCAGGCAUAGGCAAACUCGGCCCUCCGGAUGUUUUGGGACUACAACUCCCAUCAUCCCUAGCUAGCAGGACCAGUGGUCAGGGAUGGUGGGAAUUGUAGUCCCACAACAUCUGGAGGGCCGGGUUUGCCUAUGCCUGGCUCGGCCCCUGUGAGGACAGAAGGCUGGACUAGCUGGGCCCCUGGUCUAAGCCUGCAGGGCUCUUGGUAUAUGCUCAGGAGCCAGUGUGGCGUAGUAGUCUCGUAAUCUGGGGAAUCGGGUUCGCGUCUCUGCUCCUCCACAUGCAGCUGCUGGGUGACCUUGGGCCAGUCACACUUCUCUGAAGUCUCUCAGCCCCACUCACCUCACAGAGUGUUUGUUGUGGGGGAGGAAGGGAAAGGAGAAUGUGAGCCACUUUGAGACUCCUUCAGGUAGUGAUAAAGCAGGAUAUCAAAUCCAAACUCCUCUUCUUCUUCUCUUAAAUGAUAAAUUAUUUCCCUGAUUUGCCAUCACAGGACACUUUCGGUUGUGUCCCUCAGAGUCCCCCCCCCCCCCCGCUGACAUGUGAUGCCAUUUCCUUCUCCCUGAAACCACCAAGAGCUUUUGCUACUUCCUUUUCAAAGCAGAAACCCACAAACUUCUGCCUUUUUGGGUCUGUUUAGCCUGGGAAAGUGGAGGCGGAGAUAUUGGCCAUCUCCCAAGAUUUCCCCAUGGAAGAGGGAGCAGGCUUCUUUUCUCUUGCUCCUGGAGGGCAGGACUCGAACCCGUGGCUUCACCUCUUGAAUUAUUCUUAUUCUUAUUUACCCGCAACAGGGAGUACAGACUCAUCCAAAUCGCCACGUGGGGCGGCAGCAGGCGAGAGCAAUGGGGCGUUUCAGAGAUGCAAGGACUUGGAACCGGACCCUUCGAGGUGGAACGGAUUUGUUAACGGUAAAACAGCCUAUAUUGCCUGUUUUGUGAUUUUAAAUCUCUGCUGUGGCUCUAUCACCAAAAGUAAAGGUAAAGGGACCCCUGACCAGUCGUGGCCGACUCUGGGAUUGCGGCACUCAUCUCGCUUUAUUGACCAAGGGAGCCGGCACACAGCUUCUGGGUCAUGUGGCCAGCAUGACUAAGCUGCUUCUGGCGAACCAGAGCAGUGCAUGGAAAUGCCGUUUACCUUCCCGCCGGAGCGGUACCUAUUUAUCUACUUGCACUUGACAUGCUUUUGAACUGCUAGGUUGGCAGGAGCAGGGACUGAGAAACAGGAGCUCACCCCGUCAUGGGGAUUCGAACCGCCGACCUUCCGAUCGGCAAGUCCUAGGAUCUGUGGUUUAACCCACAGCGCCACCUGCGUCCCCAUCACCAAAAGUACUUUUACCCAAACUUGGAUUUAUGCCUCCAGAUAAUUUUCCUUUUAUCCGUUAACCCCAAUACUAAAAUAAACAGUCUUUUCUUCUGUUUUUCUUUCUUUCUCUCUCCGUUCUGCUUCCUUUGCAGAUUGUACCACUUGCUACCUGAAAUUCCGCAUCUGGCAACCUUGCCAUCUCACGGCCAGGACAAAGGAAUCCGUCACCCUGCCCUGCACCUUCAACUACACCUUGGAGGCUCAAGAGACGGCUGAGGUGUAUUGGCAUGUAGAAAACUUUCACGGAGAGUUCCUCUUCAAGCACCCCCACGACCCCGCCCACAGGUACACCCACCCGAACUACACAGGGCGGGUGUCUCUGGUCGGGGACUUGUCAAAGGGGCUCGAUGCGUCAAUCCAGAUUGAGAAUCUGGGGGAGUCGGACUCCAAUCUAUAUUUCUGCAGCGUCUUGGUAGAGACAGUUCGUGAAGGUGUGAAGUAUUGGCGAAACAUUGAGGGGACAAACCUCACGGUCACAGGUGAGCUGGCACAUUUUUAAAAAUGAUGCUUAUUUUUGAGUUUUUCAGUUUAGCAAUUGCACUUGUGUCCCCUUCUUAUACAAUAGUUCUGUUUGACUUCCCACCCAGCGUUCCGUGACUGUUCUUUUUACAUCUUGCUUAGCUGCAAAUACAUUAAUUAUUCCUUCGCCCUAUUUUCCACACUCCCGUAUCUUUCAUAUUAACAACUGUUGGUCACAAAGUACCCCCUACCGGGAAUUUAUAUUUGAGGUCCAUUUUUUUGCAAAUAUACCCCUAGGUAUUCUCUUGGUUUCCACUCUCUUGCAUAUUCUAUCCUUGUCGCAUAUAAAAAUAGGUUGUGGGCUUUCUUUGGUAAUUCAUUCCCAAGUAUACCUAGAAGAAAUGCUUCCCGUUUCUUGGGGAAGGUAAAUUUAAAGAUUUUCUUUAACUCAUUGUACACCACCUCCCCAAAGUCUUUGGCCUGUUUGCAGUUCCACCAUAAAUGAAUAAAGGAACCCUCUGCUUCAAGACAUUUCCAACACAUUUUUUUAAUUUCUUUUGUACAUUUAAGCCAAUUUAACCGGUGUCAAAUACCAUCUAUACUGCAUUUCAUACCUAUUUUCUCUUAUUUGAUAACAUGCCGAAAGAGUCCAUAAUUUUCCCCUCUCAUCAAUUCUGAUAUUACGCCCCAUAUCAAUAGCCCAUUUUAUCAUUGCCUCCUUAAUGAGUUUGUCUUUAGUCUCCCACUCUAGCAGUAGUUUAUAUAUUUUAGAGAUUAGUUUUUUAUUGGGCCCCAAAAUCACCCUUUCAAAUUCUGAUCCUUCUUGCACAAAUCCUCUUUGUCUUUUUAAAGCUUCUCCUUUAUCUGGAAGUAUUGAAAUGAGUCGUGUAUCCAAUUAGACACCUCCUCUCUAUCUUUUAAUUUUAUGUUGUCAUCUUUGUAUCCAAGGAGAUCUUUGUACUUUCCCCAUAUUCUGUCCACGUUUAGCUUUUCCACUGUAACCGCUUCCACCAGUGAGAUCCAACCGGGAGUCUUUCUUUCCAAAAUACCUUUACGUCUCAUCCAAACCUUACAUAGACUCCUUCUAAUCAUGUGAUUCAAAAAUCCCUUGCACACCCUAGUUUUCUUAUACCAGAGGUACACAUGCCAUCCAUAGAGCAAAUCAGCUCCUUCUAAGCUCAGUACAUUUGCAUCCUUCAAUUUGACCCACUCCUUCAUCCAGCUUAGACAGGUUGCUUCAUAAUAUAAUUGCUUGAACACCAUUUGUAAAGGCCAAUCCAAUGUCCAUAUAAUCUAGGAUCUUUGUCAUAAAGGUCCAUGAGACAUUGUCGAAGGCCUUUUCCCGGUGGCGGCAAUGUUAUUCUUGAACCUCAGUCACCAUUCAUGGUGACAAGACUUCUCAAAGUGCUCACAUUCUGACAAUCCGCAGUCACAAAAUGUGCCUGGCGCCUGGCUAAUUUCGAACGCUGCCUCAGCCCACAGCAAUUGCCCACAGCAGCCACCUUCUCCCCAGGGAUGGCACUCCAUUCUGCUUGGUUCAAAGGGGACCCCGGGGGAUGGCAGUGGAGCCUGAGGCAGAGCAGAAAAUGGGGAUCCACUCUCUCCCAGACAAAGGGCUGCGGAGGACCCAAAGUGACCACCCGAGGCAGGUAGACCCACAAGUGCCUCCCCACCACCACCACCCUAGACAGCAAAAAUACCACACCACAGAAAACACAUUAGAUACAUCUUCCCAGAGAGAAGAUGGAGCCAGCUUGCUUCCUGCUGCUCCAGAGGGCAGCACCUGAACCAACGGAUCCACAUUGCAAGAAAGGAGAUUUUGACUAAACAUUAGGAAGAAUUUUACCAGGGUAAGAGCUUGUUCAACAGAGGAACGGUCUCAAAAAACAACAACACAGAGGAAUGGUCUCCCCGUGAGGUGGUGCCCUCUCCUUCCUUGGAGCCUUUUCCUUGGAUGGCCACCUGUCAACGAGUCUUCAGCUGUGAUUCCUGUAUGGCAGGGGGUUGGGCUGGAUGACCUUGGAGGUCCCUUCCAUACAUGCAGUUUAAUAUUUCAACGAGGCGCUGCUCUCUCCCCAAUGCUGAGGAGGUGCAAUUGCAAAUGGCAGGCGCCUAGAUCAGGAGGCCCUUGAGGGUGCAUGAAACGGCUUGUGGGCUCCUGUGGGUGCCCCCCCUUCCUUGAAAGAAAUGCCCUUGUGCCAGGCCACUGCAGUGUGUGCCCGUCCUCAGCCUCUGCCUUGUGCCUCGGCCUAACUCUUGCUUUCUUCCUGCCCCCCAGGUCCUCCACUGCCGGACCCCCCCAGCUUCAACUUCAGCCUUGUAGGUCUGGUGAUUAGGGGAACCCUCGUAGGUGCCAUCCCUCUGGGGCUGCUGGCAUUCCUUGUAUGGAGAAAAGGUAGGGGGGCUGUUGUGGGGCAGGGAGGGAGGGGGCAGUUACUGCGCUAGGGUCCGUCUCUCCCUCCAAUCUGGCCCUCCAGAGGCGGCAGCUGGGAAGCCCCUCCUGCGUUUCUGUGCCAGCCCUUCUGCAGCCAGGAGAGGACGGGGGGGGGGGCAGCCUUUGAGCUCAGCCUGGCCUGGUUGUCCUCUCAUCUUUCCAAGCCAUCUAGGAUGGUGGUGUUGCAGGAAUUUAUGUACAGGUUGUGGGGGGGGGUGGUGGUGUUUGCCCCUCCAGCAGAUAUCCUGCACCUGCAGCCCACUACCAAAAUCAGCACAAUCACUUUUGUGACUCUUGGGAUUUGUCCCCACAAAACACUUCAUCACAGUUUCUUCCUGCUUAUUCAAAGGGCCUCUGCUGCACAAUACCAAAUGUAAGAAUUCACUGAUAGAUGUCUCUAUGUACUGGCUCACUGGGAAAACUAGAAAAUCUAGACCUGUGAGCUCAGCUACUCCAGAAAUAACAAACCCAGAUGAAGACAAAAAGGUGGGAUGAACUUGGCUGGGAAACAGGGAAAUGUAAAUGUCUCUUUUAUUCCACUUGAUGGGUGUUUGGUGGAGGGCAAGGGGAACCAUGGGGCAGGGUCCCGGAUGCUCAGAUUCCUGCCACCAGACCUCCCCUUUCAUGAUGUAACCAUGAUGUAUUAGUGAUGUAGUUUGGGCGGGUGUAAUAUGGGGAUGAGCAGCUAAUAAAAGUUUGGGGGCUCUUUUGUACAUGGCUUCCAUCUUGUUCCACCUGGUGGCAGGUGGGAGUCCUGUCGCCACAGUCUUCAAUCAAGACCAAGCCUACUGGCUGCUGUUUUGCUCUGGUAUUCCUGGCUGGGGUCCUUGUUUUUUGUCCAAGGGAGCCCUCGGAUUUCUCUGUUAACAGUUGGCAUCACUGCCUCCCGCAGCAGGGAGUUCCACAGUGUAACAGAUGUGCUGGCUAGCGCUGAUAGGAUUGGCAGCCCAAAACAUCUGGAUGGCCACCAGGCUGUGAGAUGCCAGCCCUGAUGGCUUCAGGUUGCUCAGUGAAACAUCAAAGGCACAGGACCUUCCUUGGAGUUUUUUAAGCAGAGGUCGGUGACCCUCUGUCAGGGAUUCUUCAGCUGAGAUUCCUGUAAGGCAGGGGGCCAGACUGGAUGUCCUUUGGGGGUACCUUCCAACUCUACAACUGUGAUUCUAUGGCCAAAGGAAAAAGCUCCCAGCACCAGAUGUUGGCUUGGGGAGGAGAGGGGAGGCAGAGGAAGAUGAGCGGAGGGAGGUGGGGGCGAGGAGAAUUGUAUUUCAACAUUCAGUUCAUAAGUUUAGUGCAGGGGUAGGCAACCUAAGGCCCAGGGGCUGGAUCCAGCCCUGUUAAGUUGUGGGUGAACAUAUCAGACGACACAGUGAUUCUUCAAACAGCUCUUGUUUAUUCAGAGGCCAGAACAGAACUGAACUGAGGAGCUCAGUCAGCCUGCUUAUAUAGAGCUCCAGUACAACGUUACUGUAGCAACUUUCUAAACUAUCCAAUCACUGAACGUCACUUUCAACCUUUCAUUUGCAUAACUAUCUACAGUAUCCCCCUGCUGGCCCAGGGUGAGAACUUCAGUACAUAACAGGCCCAAUUGCCUUCUCAAUCUGGCCCACGGACGGUCCGGGAAUCAGCAUGUUUUUACAUGAGUAGAAUGUGCCCUUUUAUUUAAAAUGCAUCUCUGGGUUAUUUGUGGGGCAUAGGAAUUCGUUCAUUAUUCUGCGUAAUGCAGAACUAGCCAGAUUGACAGGAAGAAUUCGAGACCAGGAUAAACAGAAGUUUCAAGAAAGUUGGAGUAAACUUAUGGUGUACAUAAAAGAUCAUUGUAAAGCCUUAAAAACACUGGCAGGACUGGAAUAACUCUUACAACGUAUGGCAGAUAUAAAGUUAAAUAAAUAGAAUACGCAAUAUAAGAAAAUAUAAGAUACUAAUUGAAGGGGUAGAGGGAAGUCAUAAGCUCGGCAGAGCUAAGGUAAUUAUGUGAUAUAUGUGUAUUACAACUGGAUGUUUAAAGAAAAUAAUAAACAUUUAUUGGGGGAGAAAGGAAUUUGUUCAUUAUUAUUAUUUUCCCCAAAAAAUAUAGUCCGGCCCCCCACAAGGUCUGAGGGACAGUGGACCGGCCCACGGCUGAAAAAGUUUGCUGACCCCUGGUUUAGUGUUCUAGCCAAAGGCCAUGUCAAAUUUGUAUUCGGCAAGAGUAUUAAUAAAAUUAUACAGAACAUCCACCCAUAAUCUUAAAAUCCACAAUAUAAAAACUUGACUUUGCAGAGUUCCUGAUCAUUAAAAUGCAGUUUCCCUUGUGCAUCUCCGACAGCUCCAAUUCUAACAAUAUUUCGCCUUUUUAAGAUUUUCCAACAUCCGCGAGUUAAGAGAGAGAGAUGAUGCCAGACACAGCAACAAAUGUAAUGUUGGAUAUUUACAAUCCUCUCCUCGCAUCUCUACACAUCCCUACACCUAAAUCUAUCUUGAUUUCAGAUUAGACCUCCGAAUCAUCAGAACAAUUUAUAGCAAUUUUAUCUGACUCAUUCUUUUCCUGUUGUUGUUUUUCCUAGCCUGUGCCAAGAGAACUGCUCCAUCUGCCACAAAGCCAUGA